ACGAAUAUUUUGUGAAUUUUUCAUAUAUUUUCCAAUUUCUUACAUUUGAAAUGGUAUUUUUGGUGUAUAUUACGAACCACAUAAAUAUUUACAAUUGAUUUCGAUACUUAAAUGGUGUCUAGUGAUAUAAACCUCUAAUGAGUGCGUAUCAAAAUGUACUUUCCAAUAGGAUGGCCAAAAGUUCUCAAAAAUCUCGGUGCAGAUAAUCAAAUUAUAAAGCAGAUUGUUUCUAAUAGGGAUAAAAUACUAUUCGCAUCACUGAGUGAUGAUUGCUUGACAGUGUGGUUUUGUAAGCCUACUGUGUCAAUAGUUUACCACAAAAGGAGUGCUGAAUCUCUGCAGAGGCUAGGAGUUAACGUUGGUGUAGAAUGGAAACCAGACUCUUCUAUGAUAUGCAUCUCGACAUCUGAAGGGCAUUUGGUUCUGUACAAUGUGGAAGCGCUAAGUGAACAGACCGCUUAUCAACAAUACGAUCCGCCCACUGCUAGCCUGCGACGUGAUUCCGCGGAACUCUUUGUAAAGGAAGUGAUACCCUCUCUCAAAAUAACUUUGUUCAAAGAAGUUCUAGUAUGGGACGGACAGAUCACGCGUAUGUGCUGCAUAUCGGGCACGGAGAUUUUAGUGUGUACGACGCGUGCGCACCUACUGCGGUACCGGUGGGACGGCUCGCAGAACCGCGACUACUGCCUCGACCUCGGCCGUAUACCCUUCUCUGUCAACCAGCAGGUUUCUAAAGCUGAACCCAUUUUAGAGGACAACACUCAUGUGAACGACAUAGAGUAUUCUCCACUUGUGUGCGGUUUUGGAAUUACAUUAAACGAUGGUAGAGCAGCUUACCUUACCGCGCCUAAUCUCAAGUUCGACCCCAAUGCAGUGCAGGGUAUUUGGGCGCAGGGGAUCGACGACGCGACGUGCGCGAGAGUCAAUCAUAAGUUUCGACUAAUUGCCAUUGGCAGAAAAAAUUCUCAAGUGGACGUGUUCACGAUAGACGAGGUGACGGGUGGGCUGGAGCUCUCCCACACCAUGCUGCUCAGCUCCAAGGACUUCCCUGGCGACCCUGGCCCGGUCAAGUGCAUGAGAUGGACGACAGACGGUCGCGCGGUGGCGGUGAGCUGGGAACGCGGCGGGGUGUCAGUGUGGAGCACCUUCGGCGCGCUGCUCAUGUGUUCCCUCGCCUGGGACUACGGGCUUAACCAGGACCUCAGCCGGCACAACCCACUAGUCGUCUCCAGCUUGGAGUGGGCAACAGAAGGUUAUCAGUUGUGGAUGGUCAAAGUGGAGAGUGAUACCAGUUCGAACAUCAUCCAGUUGGACUUUGUCAAGAGUCCGCUCAGCGUCAACCCUUGUAUGAGCAACCAGAGGCAUCUAUACCUCCAAGCAGACGACAAACUCUACGUGAACUUAGAAGACAACCUGACUAGGCGAACAAAGAUAUCCAUCAUUGACUCUUCAGGCGAGAGUUACCAAGAGAACGGACUGGACCAGGCGGACAGGCAGUCAGAGCUGGACGGCAGCGCCAAGUAUAGGGAGUUUGUGGACGAUAACGAGUGUCGGAAGCAGUGGAUAGUACUGCCGUUGCCAGCUACGUAUAUCGCUACUAACUGGCCUUUGAGAUACAGUGCUAUAGACGAGGACGGCGUGAACGUGUGCGUGGCGGGCCGCACGGGGCUGGCGCACUACAGCUGCGCGGCGCGCCGCUGGAAGCUGUUCGGGAACGAGGCGCAGGAAAAGGACUUCGUCGUCACCGGCGGCAUGCUCUGGUGGCGCGACUACAUCGUCAUCGGUUGCUACAGCAUAUUAGAUGGGCACGACGAGAUCCGCUUCUACCCGCGCGAGGCGCGCCUAGACAACCGGUCCGCGAAGAUAGUGCGCGUGCAGUCUCAAGUGUUCGUGCUGGAUAUAUUGGCCGACCAGCUCGUCGUGUUCGGGGCUGACGCGCUUGUCACCAUCUAUGAGCUUACCUGUCUCGAUAAUGUGGGCAACAUCGAGAUGCGGUGCGUGCAAGCGGUGGACAUAUCGGCGCUGUCGCACCCGGCGUGCGUGGUGUCGGCGGCGCUGUGUCGCCUGCAGGACUCGCCGGCCCGGGCGCGCGCCUCCACCAUCGUGCUGUGUCCGCAGAGACAACCAGACUCCUUGGUGAUCAACGCUAGUGGAAGAUUGAUGAUGGUACAAAGAGAAGAAUACGACGUCGAUGAAGACAACAACCCGGCAUACAGCUGUCUCCCGGCAACUGUCCUAGCGUCAUGCGUAGAAAGCGUCUGGUGUUCUGGAUCUUCAUCGGCGUCUCAGACUCAGCUAUCGCGCGCGCUCUGGUUGUGGUGCGGGUCCUGGGGCGCGCGCGUGUGGCUACCGCUGCUGACCAGAGAUGCAGCGAGGCACCCCGACACCUCGCGGCACACCUUCAUGGCUAAGAGGAUCAUGCUGCCCUUCCAUUUGAAUAUCUACCCGCUGACAAUUCUGUUCGACGACGCCAUUCUCUUGGGCGCAGAGAACGAUACAACGCUGUACGCUUCGGACGCCGACUCCAUAUUCUCGCUGCCUUUCUGUGUCGUCAACAGAACGAGCCAAGUUUACCUGCAUCAAAUCCUGCGGCAGCUAUUACGUCGCAACCUGGGCUACCAUGCGUGGGAAAUCGCCCGCUCAUGUGCGCAGCUGCCAUACUUUCCUCACUCCUUAGAACUACUGCUCCACGAGGUGUUAGAGGAGGAAGCCACCAGCAAGGAGCCUAUACCAGAUGCCCAGCUGCCCAGUAUCAUCGAGUUCGUUCACGAAUUCCCUGUGUAUCUACAGACAGUGGUGCAGUGCGCGAGAAAGACAGAAAUAGCGUUAUGGGCGUAUCUCUUCUCAGCGGCGGGCAAACCCAAAGAGCUGUUCCAGGAGUGCUUGCAUCGCAAGAUGUUGGAUACUGCAGCUUCUUACCUUAUUAUUUUGCAGAAUCUAGAGAGUUCUGCAGUAAGUAGACAGCUAGCAACACAAUUAUUGGACACAGCGCUUCAGGAAGAAAGAUGGGACCUGGCGAGAGAUCUAGUGCGCUUCUUAAGAGCUAUAGAUCCAAACGACGUGGAUUCACCGCGCAACUCGGUGAACGUGCAGGCGAAGUACGGACAAGUGGUGCAGUCGCAGAUCGUCAGCCCCAACGCCGAGGACUUGUCCGUUAUACUCGGGAGUAUGCAGCUGGCGGGCGCGCGCGGCCGCAGCUUCAGCACGGUGGCGGCGCCCGGGGACGCCGCGCCCGCGCCGCCCGCGCCGCCCUCCGCGCGGGCCACCGCCGCCGUCAAGCGGAAGAAGUCCGUGCCCGCCAGGAACGACAGAAUCUCAGAGUCGGAUUCUUUGACGAGCAAUACUUGCAGGGAAACUUACACCGGGACAGCGGAAGAGUUCUUCAUCGACAUGAUGAUACAACGACACGCCAGACUAUUGCUGUCUACCGCGAGGUUAUACGCCCUUGGGAAGAUGGCGUGUGCGUUAGACCUGCAUUUGGUCGCCUGGUUGGCCGGUGAGAGGGAGCGCGCGGCAAGGAUUGACAGUGCUGUGAUGUGCGUCAAGAGGCUUCAUGAAGACUUCUCCUGGCCGUACCCACUGGUCAAGGGCAGUGAGCCGAAUCUGCACAGGAAAGCUAGUGCUGUUAGCAGUUCAUACGCGCCGUCUGUGGAAUCGGACAGUCUGUGCGGUGACAGCGGCUACAUGAGCCUGCCUCUACGCGCCGCGCUGCCUCUCACCACGGGCGCGCCCCUGUCGCCCGGACCCGUCAGUUCCGCGGGUGAAGGCAGCGUGGCGGAGGGCGGGGGUGUGGCGUGGGACGCGGGCGCGGGCGAGGAGCGCCGCUACGCGCAGCUCAUGGAGCGCCUGCACCACCACCAGUGCGAGCGAGGCUCGCACACCGCGCAUGUGCAGCUGCGGUACUUCCUGCAGCUGAUGACGGAGGCGAGCUGCGUGGAGUGGGCGCUGGUGCUGGCCGUGGUGCUGCGCGACGCGCUGGCCGUGCUGCGCACCACCAACGCGGCGCGGGCGCAGGACGUGGGGCUGCCCGCCGUGCGCCGCCUAAGGGCCGCGCUGCAGGACAUCGCCGCCUGGACCGACGCCGAGUGUCUCGGCUACAAACCCUUCAUAAUGGCGAUCAGCAAUCAGAUCCCAUUCCUGACCUCAAUCAUCAACACUCGAGAGCGUCGGUUAUCAAUGGUGAACACGCGGGUACGAACAUCGAGCACCAGCUCGUUAAACCUUGAUACAAAACCACAGCCCCCGUUAGAGGUCAAACUUCAGCCUCAGAAAGCCCAGGAAGUUUCCAAACAAUCGGUGAGGAAGGACUCGCCAUCAACAGUGCCAGACACGGUGAGUGAACGCGUUGUUGUCAGUCCACCGCGCACGCCAGUAACACCACACAUCAAAGAAGAUGUCUCCACUGGUUGUACGAUAACGUAAAUUAACAUAAGUUCACGAUUAUAUCCCAAUUAGCGCAGUCAAAGGUACACCCAUCGCAAGAUGAACCAAGUAUCCACACCUCACCGAGCUUUCUGUUAGACCAACAUCAUAGGUGGUGAGUAUCGCCGUCUAUAAUGGUUGAGCCAACUAUGUUAGUGAAAAUUGCAGUUAAUAUGUUGGUAAAGUUUGUAUUGAAAACUGGAGGAGAAAGAUAAAAUUAGAUUUAUGUUAAACAUAAACAGCCUAAAUACGUCCCACUGCUGGGCACAGGCCUCCCCUCAAUCAACCGGAGGGGAUAUGGAGCAUACUCCACCACGCUGCUCCAAUGCGGGUUGGUCGAGUUGUUUUUACGGCUAAUAGCCGGGACCAACGGCUUAACGUGCCCUCCGAAGCACGGAAUAAUCUUACUUUUUCGCACAAUCAGGUAAUUCAAGCCUGAAAAGUCCUUACCAAACAAAGGACAGUCUCACAAAGUGAUUUCGACAAUGUCCCCAUCGGGAAUCGAACCCGGACCUCCAGAUCGUGAGCCUAACGCUCUAACCACUAGACCACGGAGGCUGUUAUGUUAAACGAGCUACUAUAAUUGGACUUAUUAAACGAGCUCUUUAACAAUAUUGUACUGAAACGCAAGAGAAGUGUGUCAGGAUCAAAACAAAUAGAAUUCCAUAGUCUCUGUUUGCCCCAGUGAGAUAUAUUAGCGAGUUUACGUAUGUGUACAGGUAUGUACAAAUGUUCACCAAGUCCUCAGUCAUUUGGUGUUGAAUAGUGCGGAUAUAUCACACGAUCGUCACACAUAUUAACUGUAACUUUCAUAGUAUUAAAACCAUCUUAGAAAAAUAUCAUUCUUACGUAAGCUGUAUUUCUGGCUAUGUUUAUAACAGUGAAAUUGACACGUCCACUCGUUUUCGCGUCAACCAAAAAUAUAGUCUAUUUGUAAAGAUAUAUAUUCAUUUUGGUUUGUAUACCUACAGCUAAAAAACAUUUUUUUAAGAAAUAAAUUGUCAUUACAUGCACGUGUUAGUGUUGUGGAUACGUCAAUAAACUAAGAUUUCACUUUCAAAGAAAAAGAAUAUCAUUUCUGUAGAAAUUGGUUGUCAACGAGACUAUAAAAUAGUUGUAAAUAUUAUAUUAGUUCAAAUGAUAAAUGUAAACGUGUCUCGAAAUUUUGAUGUGAAAUAUUAUACUGGCAUUAUUUGUCGCAUCUUUUUAGAUGGUAAUACUUGGCUGCUCAUUUUAUAAAUACAAACUAUUAUACUUAGCAGUGGUAUUCAGGUUUUCGCAUACAUUUCGCGUCAGUACCAAUUCGCCUAUAAAUUAAACAAUCACAAUAUACUUCACAGUCAAAACACAACCUGUGUAUUUAAUUUGUAAUCUUGAGAAUAUUUUAUUACAAUCUUUAUUAUAUACUUAAUAAGACAGACAUAACAUAAAACACAAACAACCUAUAUACGUCCUACUGCUGGGCACAGGCCUCCCCACAAUUAACUGGCGGAGGGUAUGGUGCAUACUACACCACGCUGCUCCACCGCGGGUUGGUGGAGGUGUUUUAUGGCUAAUAUCCGGGACCAACGGCUUCACGUGCCGUUUGAAGCACGGUAUCUUCUUACUUUUUUGGACAAUCAUGUGAUUCAAGCCUGCAAUUUUCUUACCAAACAAACAUAGCAGGUUAAGCCUGAAAGAUCAGAUAUUUAAUAAAAUAUGUAUGUAUAUAGUACUGAUGCGUUACAUGCGCGAUAACCAUUAGAAUAUAUUAUAGCUAAUAGGCUAAGCACAUGUCACAUCUACCGAGUGAGAUAUAUUGAUUUAUGUGGCCAAUACUGUGGAUGGUAUAGGGGCUCUAACUGCCAACACUGGAACUACUUUUUGGAAUCGUUUCGUUUGUAUGAUACUUAUUAUGUUCUUGAUCAGUCAACGAUUUAGAUUCAAGUAAGCAUUUUAUAUUAUGUUAAAUUCAUAGUAUUUUAAUAGUACUAGAGUUGGCAAAGAGUGUCGGAACAUCCUGUAUAUAGAAUUUAUUAACCGUUGGUGCUGGUUCGUGAAAGAAACUUAAUUGUUACACCUUUUUGUAAUUAUAUUUUAAAUAUUCAUUCACGUUCUAUUUCUCUAGUCUUUUCUGACUAAGUAUCUUCAUUAUUGUACCUAUCGUAUUUUUUUAGCAAAUUAGGGAGUACUUAGGGGUCUUCUACCACAUAACAAUUGAACCGAGUAUGUCAUUUUAAAAAUUAACUAUAGUAUCGAUAGUGAGUAAAAAUUCAAGUCUUCCCAGAAGAUAUUAUUUGACAUUGUAUUAUGAAUAUCAUAAAACUUCGUAUAUUAUUGAGAGUGUAGUUUUAAUUUGCGCGAAAUUUUGAAUUUGAUCGUGAAAAAAGCGGAAAAGCGUUCAAGGUAACGUGUUAGUAAAUGCAAUGGUAAUCUAUUACGUAGCAAUAAUAGAUGAUUAUUAAUUAUUAUUAAUAGACGUAAAUAAAAAAAAACUAAUAUUUAUUAUUAUUAGAUAGUGAUUUUGUCAUAUUUAUUUGCUCAUUUUAAUCAUUGUUAAUAAUUUAAUUUCAUAUUGCUCAAUAGAAAAUCUCAGUUUUGAUAUAUUUACAGUGCUGUAAAAUUGACGUAUGCUUGUUUGGAGCUGAGUAAUGUAUAUCGUUCUCUCUUGCACUUGUUAAAAUAACAUGUAAGGAGGAAAUAGGACUUUUUAUUCUAUGCUAUAGUGACGAUUUUCCCCGCCAUCGUGGUGCCAAGUUUCAUAAAUAGCUACAGUACCUAUAUAUAGGCAAUCUUAUGAAGAUGUUAUGAAUUAUUAUUUAUUUCGGGUUGUGCUCGCUGAUGUCGCUGUUGGAUAAACUGCACAUCCUAUUUAAUAAUAAGGUCGAAGGUAUUUUAAGUCAACCCAUUGAUUAGUUAUCGUCUGGCAACCCGGGUCUUACGAGGAUAACAAACAUAGCAUCACGCAAUUCACGCCUGUAUCCCCAAACAGUUAGGCAGAAGUGUAUAUACUAUAUACACCCCUCCUCACCAGGAUGAUAAUAUUCUCGUAAAAUCUGUAAUAUUUCCGGGACUUGAGGAAAAUCUGAUUAAAUGUAAAAAAAAGAUAAAACUUUUAAGCACAUCAGUAUGCGCACAGCCAUCAUUUAGUACAAAAUUAGUAUGUAUUGUAUUUAAUUAAAAAUAAUAAUAAAAAAGCUAUUUUUCACAGUCACAUUUUAUUUUCAUUCUAUUUAAAAUUAAGUAGGUAUCUAAUGUAAUUAAUAAUCUUUUGGUUGUACAACAUCUAUUUCUUAUUAUUAAAGGUAUAUGCUUUCCUAAAUGGAACGAUGUUUCAAAUACACUUCUCAUCAAAAAAAUCGAAACACCUUGCAAGUUUACGUUUUGUCAGGAUUAUCAGAAAAAUGUGUACAUUUAGGAAUAAAUGUUAAAUGUCGUUUAAUAGUGAGUAAUAUGAGCUUAUCAAAUCUUAAUGUUAAUGUUCUAAAUUUAAAUGAAUUUUUCAUAGGUUUCGUAUUUUGUUAAAUGAGUCAUUUUUAUUCCGUAUGGAGUAUAAAGGAAAUGGAUAAAACAACACACGUAAAUGAAAAAAAAAGCUAAAAAACGUUUAUUUAAUAACUUGUAU